AUGCAAGUGCCUAGGGUUGCUGGGGGCUCCUUGCCUGAAACCUUGGGCAUUGAUCGUGGAUCUACGUCAGGUGAUGCUGGUCUAGAUCAGCAGAUUUGCUGGAAUAAUAUGCAGAGUUCUGCACAAAACCAGCUACCAGACUAUAUAAUGCCAUCCAGCAACACAAGCGUUGCUUAUCUGAAUUCUACGAGCCGAGGAGGGCAGAACCUAAGUACAUGGAUAGGUGAACCCAGCUCUAGUACCUUGCAAAAUCAGGUUAGUCAUAAUGAGCAAAAAGUGGAACACGGAUGGUCAUCGUCGAUGAGGGCUUGUGGUGGAGCUGAGUCCAUAUUGGAAGAACGGCAAUAUCAUCCAGCUCACAUUCUUUCAUUGAGUAAUGAUGAUGUAAAUCAGGGUACAAAUCAGAUUGCAAAUGAGCCUUUUUUCUUGCAAAGUUCUACUUCUAGUUCUAUUCCUCAGGACCUUAGCAUAAAUUCAGCAUUUGUGGAACGUGGUGUUGAUGAUUGCAAUGUCAUUGAGCUUCCUAAUGCAUACAAAUCUGGUGGUGCAUUAGAUAAUAUGCGAGUUCCAUGUGCUACUAAUUUUUCUAAUCAGUUCGAUUUACCUUCUGGAAGUGGUGGAUAUUUGGAGGAAAACGAUCGAGUGGGUUGUUCUUUUGAGGGUCGCCGUGUAUCCUGUAAAAGGAAAGCUCUUGAAGGACAUGUUGGACAGUCUUCUGGGAGUGGCAGACCAAACCACUUUCAGCCUGCAGAAGGUAACGGAUGGCAUAGUGCUUCCACUCAAUUUAAUGCAGGCAGCAGCUCAGGUACAUCUACUCCAUCGGGAAACACUCUCGUUGGUAGUCCUUUGGAACAUGUAAACCCAAGUCUUGGACUAGGUGUUAGAGGAGCAGCUUCUGGAAGGCCUCUUACUUUGAAUCCAGCAGGAAGUGCAGAAGGGUCCCGGAGAAAUUUCCGCUUGAGGAUUAAUGCUUCCCAUCAACAGGAUUCCUUCACUGCUUCACAUCAACAAUAUUCCAUCACCAGUAAUGUGUUUCCCACAGGCAGUGCUGCUGGGCAUUCAAAUGUUUUGUCUUCCCAUCCAUCAGCUAGACCCCUCCCUCUUAAUAUCUCUUCAGACUUGAGAUCAACACCAGCAGGCAAUACAAAUCCUCAAGGCCAGUCUGUUGCAGUGCGCGUUCCUGCUUUGAGACGAAAUCUGCAAUCAGCUAGGUGGAAUGGGAGUUCUACCUCGAGACCUGGCAGUUCAAGUAAUGUAGUUUCUGUUGAGAGAGAUGCUCCACUUGAGUCCAACUCAAGGAGCAUGCCAAGAAACAUGUUGGAGCAUCCUAUUUUUGUACCUGCACCUGACAUGAGAAAUUCAGCUCAAAAUCCAACUAACUGGAGUCUAUCUGGUGGAAAUAUAAGUAUUGCUGGAAAUGUUGCUUCCACUUCACAGACUGGCUCGAGUUCAGGUGGGCAUUCGUCAUCAGCUCCUAACUGGGUUUCCCGUCGUAGUUCUCCACAUUAUCCACCGAGACUAUCAGAAUUAGUUCGUCGAUAUUUGUUGUCCUCUGCUGGUUCUGAGUCUGGGGCCCAGAGCAGCAAUUAUUCUCCACUACGUUCAGGGCCUUCAGGUCCUCCUGCUUCCCCACAAGAGAUGGCACUUUCAUCUGGAGCUGCUAACCAGCGGCAUCAUCUGUCACACUCAAGGUCAGCAAUUCCAUUGGAGAGACAACUUGAUGGUGCUUUUGGGAUUCCUCAUUCCGUGCGAACUUUGGCUGCUGCCAGUGAGGGAAGAAGUAGGCUUGUGUCUGAGAUUGAGCAGAUUCGCAGUGUCUUGGAUCUAAUGCGUCGAGGCGAGGGCUUGCGAUUUGAGGAUGUUAUGAUCCUUGAUCAGUCGGUCUUUUUUGGGAUGGCAGACGUUCAUGAUCGGCACAGGGAUAUGCGGCUUGAUGUUGAUAACAUGUCAUAUGAGGAGUUACUGGCACUGGAAGAGCGCAUUGGAAAUGUAUGCACUGGGUUGAGCGAAGAAACCAUUUUGAAUUGUUUGAAGCAGAGGACAUAUAUAGCCAUUGCAACAGAAAACCAAAUGGAGGCAGAACCAUGCUGUAUAUGUCAGGAGGAAUAUAAUGAUGGCGAUGAUCUUGGAAUGCUGGAGUGUGGGCAUGAUUUCCACAGUAACUGUAUCAAACAAUGGCUGAUGCACAAGAAUUUGUGCCCCAUUUGUAAAACAGCGGCGUUGUCUAAAUGA